CUGAGGCCCGGUGUUAGUGUACCCGGCUUUCUGUGAUGAAAGUCACCGGGGAGUUUUUAAACGGUUAACGGCGGAGUUCGCUAGCGAGCUAAGCCGUUCACUGUUAAUACUUAGUUACCGUUUGCGACCAACAACAGCCGUUAGGUGAACUUCGAUUGUCCUCAGCGUUAGCCGCCGUGUAGCUAUCGGUAGCUGCAAUGGCAGGCUAAUAACAUACAUGUUAGCUGCCGGGAGCCAAGCGAGUCAUCUGUGUUUAACAUAGUGUAUUAUUAGAUAAGACAGCAAAAGGCUAGGCAGCGCUAACACUGUGCAGAGCUGCCGAGGCUAGCGGCUAGCGGCGUUAGCUAACUUAUGGCUCGCUGAGCUGCCUCAGACCAACAAAGUUGUUGGAUGUUCCUGGAGAGUCAGUGGCUCUCUGACUGCUCUUUGUUCUGGCUCGACAUGGUGAUGGUGGGGUGGCUUAGCAAUGGCGUUAACAGCACAGCCAGUCUGGAUCACAAGACAGGCUUUAAAACACGGACAGACACAGUUUGAAUAUUGUUACAUUUGUGAAUAAUCAGCGUCACAUGCGUUAAUAGACACUCCAAAUAGCACGGCGUCAACAGCACAACACAACAUAGCACGAUUUAAGUAUGCAGACGACUAGAAACCAGUUGCACCGACUUGCAAGUUAAUAGUGUCAUUUUUGUUAUAAUUGCAGUUUUAGAAAAGUAGCGGAUGAUUUUACACAAAGGGAAAUGCAACGAGAAUGGUGUGGCACAGCGCUGGCACCGGUGUGGUAGACAAUUACAUGGAUUAACCACAUCAUUUAAAUGGACAUACAGCCAUUCUGCCUCAUGUCAACAUUUCUGCCUAAUGUUCCCGUUGGUGUCGGUGGUGACAGUCGACAUGGGGGAUCAGGCUAAACGUUGUUUUUGACUUCUCUGCAGAUUGUGAUGUUUUGUCCCAAAAGCCAACUACUUUUACUAAUGAGGUGCUGCUUGGUUCCAGGACGUGUGUCCUAUCCCUGAGGCCACAUGUGUAUGGGGAAAGAUGGAUCGUUGUAAGCACGUGGGGCGCCUGCGUCUCGGCCACGACCAUUCCAUCCUCAAUCCGCAAAAAUGGCAAUGUGUGGACUGCAGCACCACCGAUUCGGUGUGGGCCUGCCUCAAGUGCUCCCACGUGGCCUGUGGACGUUUCAUGGAGGAGCACUCACUCAAACACUUUCAGGAGUCACACCACCCACUGGCUAUGGAGGUGCGUGAGCUGGAUGUGUUCUGUUUCGCCUGUGGAGACUAUGUACUCAAUGAUAACGCAGAGGGAGACCUCAAACUCCUCAGAGGGGCGCUCUCUACUGUUCGCAGCCCAGGUAGACGCUCCCUACGCUCCUCGACUGGGGGAGAGUGCACCACGCGGGUUGGGGAAGGUGGGCUGCAGCCCGCCAUGCAGCUGGCCUCGCGUCACAGGAGAAAAGCACUUCUAGGGAAGAUGUUUCAGAUGUGGAUCGGUAAACACCAGGAGCUGCAGAAUCAGCGUAAGGAGAAACUUGAGGAAGCCAAAAGACAGAAAAAAGAGGUAAAAAGGAGACUCAUGGAAGAGCUUGGCAACGUCCCUCCCAGAAAGAGUGCUAGGCUUCUUACUCAGGCGCCACGUUCAACCAUCACACUCAUUCCUCGCAAAUUUCGCGACCCUCCAGAACGCCUACCUCCUCCUCUUCAUCUUCCUCCCAAAAAGCCUUCCCUUCUGACCCUGUCCCGUAAGGCUCCUCAGAAUGGCAGAGCUGCUAAACUGAGGAGGUACUACUCCACACACGCGGUCACCCGCAAGAGACCCGCUCCAGGUGUCACUGGUCUGCGCAAUUUGGGGAACACAUGCUACAUGAACUCAAUAUUGCAAGUGCUGAGCCACCUGCAGAAAUUCAGGGAGUGUUUUCUCACUUUGGACCUGUGUGAGACUGAGGAGCUGCUGGCCAAGACCAAUCACUCCCAAGGGACGAAGGGCGUGACAGGAGGUGUAGUCGGCAGCGCUAACUCAGCACUGUCAGGUUGCCCCCUUGGACGCAUGGGGAAGGCAGGCAGUUGGAAUUUGCCCGUGGGCAAAAAAGAAAGCACCCCGCCUUCCCCGACAGCUUCAGAGUUGGUCCAGCCCAAGGAGCAACGCUGCUCCACCCGCCAGCAGAUGUCUCUGUGCCAUGAGUUACAUACACUUUUCAGGGUCAUGUGGUCAGGCAGGUGGACUUUAGUGUCUCCGUUCGCCAUGCUUCACUCUGUGUGGAACCUCAUUCCAGCUUUCCGUGGAUAUGACCAGCAGGAUGCCCAGGAGUUCCUGUGCGAGCUGCUGGACAAGGUGCAGCAGGAGCUGGACACAGAGGGGUCCAAACGCAGGAUAGUUAUCCCCAUCACAAAGAGAAAACUGUCCAAGCAAGUGCUAAAAGUUCUCAACACCAUCUUUCAUGGGCAGCUACUCAGCCAGGUGACGUGUCUGUCCUGUAAGCACAAGUCUAACACAGUUGAGCCGUUCUGGGAUCUGUCUUUGGAGUUUCCGGAGCGAUACCACAGCGUAGACAAAGGCUCAGGCUCUACAGCUUACCAGCGCAGCUGCACCCUCACUGAGAUGCUGUCCAAGUUUACGGAAAUGGAGGCUCUAGAAGGCAGGAUCUAUGCCUGCAACCACUGCAACAAAAGAAGACGGAAAUCAUCCCACAAACCCUUAGUUCUGUCAGAAGCACGUAAGCAGCUUCUGAUCUACCGUUUACCUCAGGUUCUACGGCUGCACCUCAAACGCUUCAGAUGGUCGGGGCGGAACCAUAGGGAGAAAAUCGGCGUCCACGUGGCCUUUGACCAGGUUCUGAACAUCAAACCAUACUGCUGCACAGGCUCAGGUCACUCUGUCCACAGAGGAGGCUACACCUACGAUCUGUCUGCUGUUGUUAUGCAUCAUGGUAAAGGCUUCGGCUCAGGGCACUACACCGCAUACUGCUACAAUACAGAAGGAGGUUUCUGGGUCCACUGUAAUGACUCUGACAUGAAGGUUUGCAGUGUGGAGGAAGUGUGCAACACUCAGGCCUAUAUUCUCUUCUAUACCCAGAGGUCUGCCUAGGUACCUCUCGCUGUGAUGUCGACCUGUAUGGGCAACUAUAGGCUGCAUUUAUGAAAACGUUCUAUGAUGUCUUCCCAAGAUGUCAUUAAACAAUCACUUUGAAAUGAUUUACUAAAAAAAGACAGCAAUGGGGGCAGUAGGACAGCCACAAUCAUGAGUCAAGCUGAAAAAUUUAGCAGCUUAAUCCAGAUGAGAAAGAUGAUCAUAAUGGUGCACACACUGUAAUGUUGCUAAGGCACAGUGAAGGAAAAUAAUUAAAUUGUAAUAUUGUGAGGUUUUGGAUUAUGAUUGAUUUAUAAAUGAAUAAAGAAAUCAAAAACCUUUUCAUAAAUGAGGCCACGGGUUUCUCAGCCUGUGGGACCAGCAUAUCGGUUAAUGGCCUGAAGACUGUGGGAGCAGGUCCGACUCUGUCCUGCUGAACACCGAGUUGUGUUGUCCGUGUUUUUUAAAACAAUCAGGCUCAUGUCUGUUGAGUCUGGAACCAACCAGGCGCUCUCCUGAAACAGCAUUUUACAUUCAAAGGCAACACAGAUUCUUGAUUUUAGAGCAUUUUUAUCACAUUAAUGUUGUUCACAUGUAGGGCUGUACCGAACAGUUCUAAGCUUCAUUCAUUACUGAUUUUUUAAUUCGACAAUCGACAAUUGAAUGCUGCCAGGCUUUUUUUUUUUGGUCUAUUCAUUCCAUUUAAACCGGUAAUUUCUGCACAGUUGCACCAAAAACUUAGGCUAUACUAAUAACAUUAACAUUAGGCAGCAUUCACAUGAGAUCUGCCGGUGUGAUGAAAAUGCCAGUAAUCCUAUUCAUCUGAGUGGGGGUAGUGCAUCUGCCACAGGGCUGGAAAAGAACACCAGCCAUGCAAAAUUUCAAACACACUAAUUUUAAGGAAAAACACAGCCUGAUGUCAAACUUGGUGGCCAAUCACGUAACCAGCUACCACGGGGCCGAAAACAACUUCGGUACAAGGAAGUUCUGAAAAAAAUUGAAUCUAACAAAAAAAGAUGUAAUAAUUUCCCAAAUUCUUAGUUUUUAUUUAAUGAAAUAUUCUGCUCAAAGCUUAAUUUGUUCUGAUUAUUUCAAAAACAAAAAACAAAAUUUUCACGUUAGCGACACACUUUUUGUUCAACACUUGUAUUACCGGUCUAACAGCACAUUAAUGACAUUUAUAUAACCACAAUAACAAAACAAAAAAAGACUAACUAAUUUAACUAAUUAAACUAAAUUUAAUGAAUCACUUUAUUCAAAUUAAGGAUUUUGAUCCCAUAUUAAAAAACUAAUUUUGGGGUGGUGAUGACAUCAUGAAGCCUUAAAUGUAGAAAGAAGACAUUCGGUACAGCCCUAUUAAUGUGCCUUACAUAUAACUACAUCUGACAGCCAGUACAUUAAAUAUUAUGAGAGGUACAUCGUUCAACAUCAGUGUCCACCCACCUUACUGAAAUGAAUCUGAAGUCCUGACUCUGUGUUGCCUCCUGUUCAGCUUUUUUAUUCUCGUGAAAUGUCAGUAAUGGAAACUUUGAAUACUCCUCCCUGUGUCUGUUUGUACUUCAUCCUGUCCUCUCCUCAACUGUACUGCUGUGACUGGACACUGUGUCUUAGGCUCGAGGCCUGCGCUCUCAGUGAACAGGAAUAGUUUUUUGUUUUAGUUUAUUUUGUAGUCAUUUUAUCUGUUUCCAUGAAAACACUUGAUUGAUGAUGAGUGAUGGAAAGCUGCACUUUUGAGGAGGGGCUACUAUUGUUGGUCCUAUCUUUGUGAUUGUUCAUCUUUUAGCUCCUGUAUCUUGUUUAAAUGGCAGCUCCCCCUGUGGUGUAACAGUUAUAGACUAGUCUGAGCCCGGGCCGGAGACGCUGCACCUGUGUUUUAAUUGCAGGAGACGGAGAAACGAAUGAAAGGGCAGACUGCGAUAAAGAAGAAUGUGUUGGGGUACCCAUUUUGAGUUGAGCACCUGAAAGCAAUAUAUUGUACAUCUUGCAUCUUGACAGGAAAUUAAGGUAAAAUCAGGAAUUCUUCUGCUUGUUAUACAAUGUUUUUUUUCUACUCUGCUGUUUCUAUCAAGGUCUUUAGAAUUUGCUAGGUAAUCAAGAAAAACUUGUGUUUGAUACGAGUCAAAUGCAAAAUACAUUUGUGAACUCUGUAAAAGUUGGAACAAUCUAAUGACGAUGAAUGUCUUACUUUUUAGCGGUCAGGUGUGGCCAUGCCACCGGCUCUGAUCCCCUUGAGUUCUGUCUUGUACUGUAAGAAUACCUGUCAUAAAUGUAAUGGUCAUAUGGGUUUUGCCUGAUGGUAAUUAUUAAAAAGACAAAACAAAUCUGA